CAUACAUGCAUUGCAUCCAUCCUACCCAACCCAAGGACCAAAGAAACCACCGGCUUUUGUACGUAUCCUACAGCCACUGCCCACUCCUUAUUCCUUAAUUCGGAUAUACCACAAAUGAGUAGUAACCGUAAAUAAUUAAUCAGCUCAGUUAAUGUUUUGCUGCUAGCAGUCGCCGCUGCAUCUCUCCUCUCUUCCAUUUUUUUUUUCGAAAAGGAGUUUGAUACCUCGGCUUCCCCUCUCUUCCAUGUCCUACGAUAUUCAUCAGGAGGGGAGCAUUGGAAGGUCGAGGAAGAAGAUGGUGUUGGAGGAGAGCAUCGGGAAGUACAGGGUCGGCCGGACCGUCGGCGAGGGCGCCUUCGCCAAGGUCAAGCUCGCCGUCGAUGCCGACACCGGCGGCACCGUUGCCGUCAAGGUCAUCGACAGGAGCACGGUGCUCACCAACAACCUCAUGUGCCAGGUGAAGAGAGAAAUCAGCGCCAUGAGGCUCCUCAAUCACCCCAACAUAGUCAAGAUACAUGAGGUGAUCGCAACCAAGACAAAGAUAUGCCUUGUCAUGGAGUAUGUUCCAGGAGGGAAGCUCUCUGACAAGCUAAGUUACCUCAAGAGAAUGGAUGGGAGGGAAGCGAAGAAGUACUUCUACCAGCUGAUUGAUGCUGUGGACUACUGCCACCGGAGAGGCGUCUGUCACAGGGAUCUAAAGUGUCAACAGCCUGAAAACCUUUUGUUAGACAGUCAAGGCAACCUGAAGGUAUCUGAUUUUGGCCUCAGUGUGCUAAGGAGGCCAGGGCAGUUGCUAUCCACGUCUUGCGGCUCACCGUGUUAUGUGGCUCCUGAGGUGGUUCAGCACAAGAGCUACGAUGGGGCGGCUGCGGACAUCUGGUCCUGCGGCGUGAUCCUUUUUGAACUUCUUGCGGGUUACCUGCCAUUUCAAGACCGCAGCCUGACAAACUUGUACAGAAGGAUAUCCCGAGCACAGUUUGCUUUCCCGCAGUGGAUCACACUGUCUCAGAAGAAGAUUAUCUUGAGGAUACUGGAUCCAUCUCCUUUAACAAGAGCAAAGAUUAGCGACAUUUUCGAUGAUGAGUGGUUCCAAGAGGGCUACAAUCCUUCAGAGAUGAGAAUUCAGAGUGAAGAAAACUAUGAUUGUGUUGAUCUUGAAGAGGUCGGCAGAGACAGUGAUAGCAGUCACAGCACAGAGGUAAGGGAAGCCGAGGAAGCAAAUCUGGAGCCUGACCGGUUCGUCAACGCAUUCCGGUUGAUAGCAACAUGCAGCGAUCUUGACUUGUCAGGACUAUUCCACGAGCAGAAAACAAAGUUUGGCUCGCCGUAUCCGGUGCAGGAAACACUGGCGAUGAUCACAGUUGCAGCCCGGGAUGUGCGCUUGUCUGCAAAGAGAAUGAGCAACUCCAUGGUGAAACUUCAGGACAUCAGAUUACUAUCAAGAAGCAUGCUAGAUCUCACUCUUUCCGCCGAGGUGAUCGAGGUGACGCCAGCACACUGCGUCGUUGAAGUGUCCAAGUCCACCAGCGAUCUGAGAGCAUACAAAGAGUUCUGCACAAGCCUGUGGAGAUUGCUCAAUGAGGGGGAGGAGCAGCGAGGCAGCUCUUCUGAUUUGUAGGACAGCAAGUCUGCGUAGAGCACGAUCAAUUUGGAGAGAGCAAUAUAGGGCAGGUCCCGAGCUAGCACAGGCAGCUAGGAUGUUCAGAUGGUGGUCGUUCCAGAUUGUAUCAAGCACCAAGUGCUCAAUGAUUGUAAAUGCUACCCUGGUUAAUCAGUAAAAUCUCUCACCUUUCCAUCA